GACGUUGUCCCCGCUUCUGCGCCUCAGCGUCUUGCCGACUCGUCCUGUAAACAUGGCGGACGAAGAGCAGAAUGGAGAUUUUCCAUAUUUACCGUCGGGGGCGGCGGAGGUGAACAAGAUGAUCAAAGAAAACAGUAACCUGUUUUCUGACGCCAAUUGUAAAGUAUGCAACGCGGUCCUGAUUUCAGAAUCGCAAAAACUUGCCCACUAUCAGAGUAAAAAACAUGCCAAUAAAGUUCGCCGCUACAUGACCAUUCACAAGGACGAGGAGCCAUCAGUGAAGAGGUUCAAAUCGCCCUCCACCACCGACAGUGUCAGCGACAACGGGGAGGCGGACCGCUACAAAGUCUGCCCCGUGUGCAACAUGACCUUCUCCUCGCGGGUGGUGGCGGAGUCGCACUACCAGGGAAAGGUGCACGCCAAGAACCUGAAGCUGAAGACCUACGGCUUCCAGGCUCCAGCGCUGCCUCCCGCUAAGACCCCCAGUAAGAAGAAGGUGGAGGUGCAGAGCGCGGCGCCCCAGGGCCCAGCAGAGGGCGACCCCGAGCGCUUCUGCUCCAUCUGCCACGCCUCCUUCAACAACCCGCUGAUGGCCACGCAGCACUACGCCGGCAAGAAACACAAGAAGCAGCUCACCAAGAUGAAGCUGCUGGAGACCUACGGCCCGUCCUCCACCCCCGCCUCCACAGUGAAGGGCUACCCCUGCACAGUGUGCAACAUCGAGCUCAACUCUGUGGAGCAGUACCAGGCCCACAUCAGCGGCUCCAAACACAAGAACCAUGUGAGGGUUAAGAAGGGAAACAGCACUUUCACCAGCCCCUCAGAAACGCUUCAGCCUGCCGAGCCAUACCCAACAGCGCCCCUGCAGGAGGACUGGGGUAACUACAACCAGGACUAUGAGUGACCAGAGGGACCACCCCAAAAAAAACAA